ACUGCCCCUCACCUGACACCAUGUGAGUAGUUGACGCAGGGGAGGGACGGAUGGUCCCGCUGACAUACAUCAGCCAUGCCUCUGUGACUCAGCAAAAGCGCCUUUCAAAAGUCGAUUGUCCGGCGUGAGUUCAUGAGAACGUGUUUCAGUUAGUUUGUAUUGGACCUUCUGAUUGUGUGUGAGGCAAAAAUGGACGGCACACUCUUGGGGUUUGUCAUACUGCAGGUUUUCACUUUUGCUAGUUGUUUUCCAAAUGGGGCGCCGACUUCUACAUGUGUGGAUAUGAUGCCGAGGCACACCGGUGUACAACCACAGCCAACAACUGCUCCAUAUACAAUCCACACCGGCAGCACCAGUUUCCAGACUGGCAAACCAAUCACAGUUGUCAUUAAAGGGCCGGAUUAUCGUGGUGUGCUGCUGGAGGCUCGAUCCGGCUCUGACACUACAGCAAUAGGAACCUGGCAGACGCCUCCAGCCAACACAAAGUUUCUGGAGUGUGCAGGAAACCUGCAGGGUGCGAUUACUCACGCCAACACUAACAUUAAAGACAACUCCACCGUCUACACCUGGACUCCACCUGCCACAGCCAACAGUGUUUACUUUGUCGCGACUGUGGCGCAGCAGCGUACUGUAUACUGGCUGAACGUGAGGUCAGCGAAUCUGAUCAAAGGUAACGGAGGAGGAACGUCGCUUGACGUCCAUGAUAGUGCAGAAUCGCUGAAAGUCAUCCCUGCCCUGCUUCUCGUCGUCCUGCUUCAAUGUGUAGUUGAGUAAGAAUCCUGAUACUGAUCUUCUAGUUGAAGAAGAUCCAUGCCGAGUAAAGCAUACUAGCGCAACUAUCAAAUAUUAAGUCAACAUUAAAUAUUAACACAAUCUUUUAUUUACCUGAUACUUUAUACACAUUGCCCGCAGGUUUCAAUGCUUUUCUUCAGGCCAAAUAAAUAUUUUUGUGUAUGUCCUUAUCAUAUAUCUGACGUGUUAACCUAGAUCUUAACAUCAUUUAUUGAAGGAGACAUUUCGGAGACAAAGCUUGAUGUAUUAUUUGUAUAUUAUUCAUUUUUUAGAAAAAAGCAGCCAUUACUGUUCUGCAUCUAUAAAGCAAUAUCUCAACCGAAGUGCAUUCUGGGAAGCGUUUUAAACUGUUCAAUUUGUUCCCAGGUAUUACAUUUGUUGUAAUGUAUGUUGUGCACUUGGUUACUAUACUGUAUCAUUUACCUCAAGUGUUCAAAAAAGAUUUAAUAAACAUAUCAGGA